CUGGAUGUCAAAUGGAACCCGUUUGAUGAUUACAGCAUCGCGUCAUGCUCAGAGGACUGCACUGUGAAGAUCUGGGACAUUCCAGCUUUUGGUCUUCAGCAGAACCUCACCAAAGCCAGGAAGACCCUGGUGGGUCACUCCAGGAGGGUGGCCAUCAUCGAAUGGCACCCAACCGCCCAGAAUCUGCUGCUAAGCUCCGCCUACGACUAUAAGGUUCUCCUCUGGGAUAUCUCUCAGGCUGGAGCAGUCAUUCUGCAUCCAGUCCGGGUCAUCCUGAUGCCCGUCCACCACCGAUACCCCUCAGAGGCCCUGCUGCUGUCCGUCAGCUUCAACAGUGACGGCAGCAGACUGGCGGUCACGUCCAAAGACAGACGAGUUCGAGUCGUGGACCCGCGGUUGGGAAAGAUUCUCCAGGUCUCCAGCUAUAAGUUCCACCGGGCCAACAAGGUUUUGUACAUCGACGGGUUGAAGAUGCUCCUGUCCACCGGGAGUUCCUCGUGGAAGCACAGACAGAUGGUCCUCUGGGAUGCAGAGGAUUUAUCCGAGCCUUUAUACGAGGAAGAUCUGGACGGAUCCGCUGGAGUUCUUUUCCCUUUCUACGACCCAGACACUCACAUGCUCUACCUGGCUGGAAAGGGAGACGGGAACAUCCGGUUCUACGAGCUGAGCGCCGAGAAACCCUUCAUCAGCUUCCUGAACGAGUACCGGUCCGUGCUGCCGCAGAAAGGCCUCGGAGUGAUGCCCAAACGCGGCCUGGACGUGAUGGGGUGUGAGGUCUUCCGGUUCUACCGACUAAUUGCAGUCAAAGACAUGGUGGAGCCACUGUCCAUGAUAGUGCCACGAAAAAAGGUUGACUUGGUCUUCCCCUCCUCUGCUAAUGAAGAGAACGUCAGAUGUUGAUGGUCCGUCCUGCUUUUCCAGACGGAGGUUUUCCAGGAGGAUCUGUACCCGCUG